CUCCCACCCAUCGAACAUGAAAGACUUGUUUAUACGGCUCUUCCCUUAAAAAAAUACUACUAAAAGAGAACAGAAAAAAAGAAAAAAGAAACGAAAAGAAAGAGGAAAAACAGCUCUUUGUAUCGCAAAUUCGCAUAGCCCAUAAAAGUUCAACCACGCCUCCAAAUCGGAGUCAACGCCAUCAACGGAAGCGUGAGAAACUACAGCUGAAAGUUUCCCGCCUUUUAUGUUCCCGGAGCAGGACAGCUUUGAAUAACAAUUGAGUUCUGAAACCGAAGCGGAGCAGCAAAACCAUGGAGGCAGCAGCAAUACCCUUCAAAAACCUCCACAGUAGAGACUACCAAGGCCACAAGAAGAAGGUUCACUCGGUGGCGUGGAACUGCACCGGCACGAAACUCGCCUCCGGUUCUGUUGAUCAAACUGCUCGUGUUUGGCUCAUUGAGCCCCAUGGCCAUGGCAAGGUUAAGGAUGUUGAGUUAAAGGGUCACACUGACAGUGUGGAUCAGUUAUGCUGGGAUCCAAAACAUGCUGAGUUGGUAGCAACUGCAUCAGGUGACAAGACUGUCCGCUUAUGGGAUGCUCGUAGUGGGAAAUGUUCUCAGCAAGCUGAACUCAGUGGAGAAAAUAUUAACAUCACCUAUAAGCCUGAUGGUACACACAUAGCCGUAGGAAACAGGGAUGAUGAAUUAACAAUAUUGGAUGUUCGCAAAUUUAAGGUUCUCCACAGACGCAAGUUCAAUUAUGAGGUGAAUGAACUUGCAUGGAACAUUACAGGAGACAAGUUCUUUCUGACCACUGGGUUUGGUACUGUUGAAGUACUGUCAUAUCCAUCUCUUCAGCGAGUUGAUACCCUCACGGCACAUACGGCUGGUUGCUACUGUAUUGCAACAGACCCAGUUGGAAGGUAUUUUGCUGUCGGAAGUGCUGAUUCUUUAGUCAGUCUUUGGGAUAUCAAGGAAAUGCUAUGUGUGCGUACAUUUACAAAACAUGAAUGGCCGGUUAGAACUAUAAGUUUCAAUCACACGGGAGAGUACAUUGCUUCGGCUAGUGAGGACUUGUUCAUUGAUAUUUCAAAUGUUCAAACAGGAAGAUCAGUCCAUCAAAUUCCAUGCCGGGCUGCCAUGAACAGUGUAGAAUGGAAUCCCAAAUACAACUUACUGGCUUAUGCAGGAGAUGAUAAAAACAAGCAUCAGGCUGAUGAAGGUGUAUUUCGGAUAUUUGGCUUUGAGACUGCCUAGAUAUCAUCCGAAGCUAACGCAACGGUGUAAUGUAUUUGAAUUAUAGGGUUGGGUUGUGUCAGAAGGGCUUUGAUUAGGAUCCAUAUUGAUAAAUUGUUGUAUCAUUCUUUCUAUUGCUUGAAUUUAUGAAUCAAAGCGUGAGAAUCUUGUUGAUCAUUGUUUUCUAUAGUUGAUGAAUGACAACCAAAACUUAAACAACAUAAAGUCGAACGUGUGUGUGAAAGGUGAAAAGUCCACUGUAUCAUUAGUAAUAUAUAGGCUGGAGAACACCAGUAGUGUUGCUAAGAUUGAAUACAUUUGAGAGACUUCAUCAAACCUAGCAAUCACUAAAGAGUAUAUAUGUUCGACAAUUAUAACGAAAUGUGUUCAGAAGCCUUGUGCUGGUGACCCAAAAUUGCCUUGAAAAUGAAUUGUAUAAAAUUGCCUUCCCAGCUGGAGCCUCGAACCUCAACUGGAGUCGAAAGUGCCGAAAUUGCCCAAAACUGCAGUGCAAUGAAUUGAAUUCCUGUCUUCCCAACUGGAGCCGCAAAAAACUGCUUUUUAACAGUGCCAAAAUCGGCCCAAAAGUGGAUUGAAAUGAAUUGAAUUGCUGUCUUCCCCCUGGCUGGAGCUUCCCCAGAGACCAAAAUUGGCAUCAUAAUAACUCAAAUAAAAGAGCGGCCAUAACCAGCAUCAAAUUGACAUCCUCAAAAUUGCAGACAUCCUCAAAAUUGCAGUCAGCUUGGCAAGAAGAAGAAGAAGAAGAAGCUCGACCUAAAUGUCUCCUCGGUGCCACUUCUGCAGCAGCAGUCGGACCACAAAAAGCUUCAUUCACCCCUUCCAUGGAACAAUCUCCCAGAAGCUCAUUUUUGCAUCAAUGCCUAGCGGAUCUUGCAUAUUCAUCAAAUGCUACAGAGCUGGGGAAUUGGAGCCAAAAUCUAAGCGCAAAGGAUGAAUCUGCUGAUGGGGAAGAGCAAACCUGUAAAACAUACAAGGCAAGUGGUGAUUAGAUACUGAGAAAACCAAGAAACAAGCUUCCAUUUGAUCUCCACACUAGAACUCUUCAUCCUUUUCCCAAUCUGAGGCUCUUUCGACAAAUCGAAACUAGCCCCUUUCAUCCUCAGCUCCUGAAUACAUCUGGUGAGUGCCCGAUUAUCGCUCUUCUCCCUCUGCACCUGAUUAGAAACUUUCCAGUACCUGAAAAGCUUCACAUGAACUAAAAACACAAUCACAAGUGAUGGGCACACACUCAGUGCGGAUGGAACCCACCACCUCUGACACACACUGUGAUGGUUAUGGUUGUUGUAAUUCUGGUAAGACGUGAAUAAAAUUGUGAAGAAUAAGGCGUGAAAGACGAGGAAAAAACAACAGAGUUGGAAGAUUUCUCUUUUCAAGGCAUCGAUUCGGGUUUCUUUGAUGCCGAUUCGGCGGCAGAAAAGGUCUUCUUCUCUCUGCCAGAGCUUGAGAAGCAAGAGGUGACCGGGGCUUUGGGAGAUUUCCAUUAAUGGGUGGUGUUGUAUGGCGGAAGAGAUGGUGUUCAUGGCGGAGAUUAGCUUCAGCUGAUGCUCCUCGUCCACCGGGAUCUCAACGAUGACAUGGGCAUCUUUUGUUUCCGCCAUUAAUAAUCCUUAAAAAAUUCUCGGAAAAAUUAAAGACCAACAAAAGAAAUGAACUAAAGAAAAACAAAAAACAAAAAAGUAACGAAAGAAAUCGUUGAUUAGAUUGAAUAUCAGAUGUUUGAUGAUUUGCGGAUGGAAAGAUUGAGAGAGAUUGGUAGACUUUUUGGUGGGGGAAUGUGGAGGAAGGUCUUACAAGUAUUUAAACGACGGAGAAACUGCCUGAGGUUUGUUUGCAACGGUCACAUUUUAGUCCCCGGCGGCACGUUAUUAUAAGGAGUUAACGGUCGGAUUUUCUCAUGUUAAUUCUCUGAUUUUUCCAACGGCUGAAUUGAGAUGUUUUGCUACAAAGAUUUCGGCCCAUGAGACUUAAUAAUAAUGAUUUUUAUGUAAAGAUAUUAG